AUGGAUGGCACUUUGUGGAGAUAUCAGAAGGUCACAAUAGCCUCGAAGAAAUGGGUGAAAAACACAGCCAAACUGUCAUGGGCAACGUCCCAAGUCAACUAUGGUACGCUGACCCUUACGGAUAGAGAAAAGAAGGUACAAAUUAAGCUGAGCAACACAUCCAAGUUUGAGACAAUGCCUGCUCAGUACAAAAACCGGGACCACACUUUCGAGGUGACAUGCAUGGAAGAGAAGGUGCACCUGCUGGCAGCGGAAGAUGAGGAUCGUUUAUUCCAGUGGGUCAGCAAGAUGCACGAUGUAGCAGGCUUGAGGAAAGACCACCUUUUUGGAGGAGGCGGGGGAGGAGGAGGAGGGGGCUGUGGAGGCGGAAAAUCAGAAAACCAAGGAGUAUUAGAAGUGGAGUCGGAGCUGCAGGACAAUCUUUUGUAUGAUUCUUAUGAUAAUAAAACCUUUCCAGUAGCAAUCAAAUCCUACAAUUUCACGGAACCGAUAACUCUCGGAGGAACUUACAACCUGCAGCUAGAUUCUAUGAAACUGUCCUUGAUAGAAGCUUCCACUGGGAAAAACAUCUUGUCAUGGCCGUACAGAUACCUUAGGCGGUAUGGACGAGAAACAAACUCAUUCUCAAUGGAAGUCGGUAGGAGAUGUACCUCAGGGGAGGGUUUGAUUCGGUUCAAUGUCGAGGAUGGAAACAAAGUGUUUGCUGCCAUUCAGGAGUUUGUUUCCGCAAUGACUGGUAGGAAUUUUUCUUCAUCAAGCACACCAACUACACCCACAACUGCUCCUCAAGCUCCACCUUCCUUUACUCCAGCUCCAACCGAGCCCAAAGCACCAGUAGCAAACCAAAUUGUAAAGACCCAGGGGGUAAAAGUUUUACCAACACCACGUGACAGAACACACUCUGCAGGGUCCCGUAACAUAGCUCCAAAGCCUGCUAACCGUACAAAAUAUUCCAAUCGCGGUGCGCAGUCAGUGGACGAUGUCAGCAGGAGCGAACCCAUCGAUCAGUGCUACUCCUCGGUUUCUGAUGAAGCAAUUGAUCUUGCGAAGAAGCUACCGUCUCCCAAAACACGGAAAGGUCCUCCAAUAGACUUUGAACCAGAACAGCAUUACGACGUGGCUUCUGAACCUACGCCAAAGCAGUGGCCUCAGAUGCAGAGAAGACAGACUGCAAAUGGCGAGAGCAAUGGGACCAAAGCUAUUCCAACAUCUAGGGUCUCUCACAGUUCUGGGGAUAAGUCUUCCUCCAAAGUAGACACUUUGAACAAUGAAAUGUCAGGUGUGGUCAUAGACGAUAAUGCAGACCCAGGUUUAUAUUCUACCUUGGAAACGCCCCCAGGAAUGGAUGGAGCAGCAGCAGCAGAUGCUUCACAGGUUUACUCAGAAGCAAGUGACCAUGACCACAUUUACGACCACCUUGCGCGACAGAAGCUUGGAAAUUCUUCCGCUGCCCCACGUCUUCCUCCCCCAAACACCAAACCUGCUGCCGUGUCUAAAGCUUCCGCUGCAUCUGCAGCAAAAUCAGCUCCACAAGAAGAAGAUGACAUGCUGUAUGACCACCUCAAUCGUGGCCAAACUGGAAGCGCUCAGCCUGGCAACAGUCCUGUAGGAGCAGUUCCUGAGGAUGCUUAUGAUAUUUUGAGCCUGGAUGCCCCUUCCGGUUCACCCACAGAGAGUGGCUACCUAGUCGGUACAUACCCGUCCUCAACGGUUCCAGAGGAGUCGGAAUAUGCAGAGGCAAAUGAUGCAAAUUUUAAUUAUGAUGAAAACCUGUACGAAGUUGCCUGAAGGUGAUCAAUUUUGAGAUCAUUAUGCAGUCUACAGCUGCAUCAAAUCUUCAGGCAUCUAUCGUACAAUGACAUAUUUUACUAACACCUAGAUAGAAGCAUGCUUUUUCAGCUAAAAUAAUUUUGAUUUUAUUUCCUUUUUUAAACACUACAUGUAUUUACUAUAUCUCAGGCUUUGAUUUUCUACUCCUGAUGAGAGAGUUGUAAUUAAAUGCAACUCCCAAACAUCAAUUGUAACUUCAUUUUUAUCCGUAAAGAGAUUCAUCUGAUUGGUAGAACUCAAAACAAAUUUUCAUCUUUUCACAAUCACUUUGGUUUUACCUUGUGAGCUUUCGCCUACUCGUUCUGCAGGCUUCUUCAGACUAUCCCUGACUCACCGUAGAUGGGGUUAUAUCGGCAGCGCAGCAUUCUGUGAGAAUGGGAAUUCUACUAUGUACAUUCCCAUGCUUGAUAUGAGUUGCAGUUACAUGUAAACUCUUUGUGCAAAUAAUUAUUUUCCUUUUUUUUCCUGCACCAACUAUUUUCCUCUCAAAAUAUUUGUAUAUUGGGGUUUGGAUAAAAGUUUAUUCUUAAAUUAAAGGCUACUCGAUUGUCAAACAGUAGCCUGAUUCAACUGUCAACUAAAUUCCAUCUUUCACUUUCUCUCUCGUUGUUUGCCUCCCCCCCCCCCCCCCAAAGUAUAAUUAUCCGUGGUUCAAUUGUACAGGAAAUACUGUUUGUGCUUCUGGCUUCCUCUGUGACUUAUCAUUUUAUACUCAGAGGAAAAAAGGACUUGAAAACUGGCCCUUGUUACACAUAGAUUAGCUAUUGAUGUUACAAUAGAGGAUAAAGGUUACAAUAUACAUGAUGAAUUGCACAUGAUGAUCAUUGCAAUCAAUUGAAACCGGGUCUAAGAUCAAACACCAUAUUUUGCAAUAUGAAGCCUUUUACCCUAAAAAUUAUUCCCUAAAUUUUUAUCAAUAGAUACUGGCCAGAAUCCUAAAAAACACUGACAAAUGACACCAUUCCAUGUUACUGGCAUGUUAUUUUGUUAAAGAUAUGAAAGGACAUUUCAGAAUUCUGCUAUAAUAUCAAAUUACUCUCAAACUCUAUGAAUAUACUUGUUUAUAGUAAUUCAAUACUCUGUUUUAAUCAGGUUCCGUGUUCUUCACUGUAAACAAGGAAUAUAUUGAUUUUUCAUUUAUUAGGGGAAUUACAGAAAUAUUUAUACAUGAUUGAAAACCUCUAUCUUACAACAGUAUUUAACACGUGUGUUCUGUUAGUUUUGUAGGUUUUGGUGAACAGUGCAGUAAUAAUUAUAAAUUAUAUAUAGUGGUCACAAAUGCCCAACUUGCAAUUUUUCCUUAAUAUUUUUGUAACUUCACAAUUAUUUUGUAUGGUUAAUCAAAAGAUCAACCACAGAAAAGAAAUCAUUCUAUAAACUCUUGUACAGUUAUACAUAUUUUAGUUCCAUGAUGGCACCGUAUAUUUGUACAUGUAUAUAGAAAAGUGCUUUCAUUAACAAUUUUCUACUUGCUACAAAAACAACACAACAAAAAAUUAUGUAGUCAAGAUUUUUUUUCUUCUAAUUCAGUACUACUUAUAUUUUAUAACUUUUGUUCAUAACUAUAAAUUUAUGCGCAAUAAUGAGAUAAAGUGCAUUUAACUGAAUCAGCAACUUCAAAUUGCUGUCAAUUAAUAAUGUCCAGGAUAAAGUUCAUAUUUUCCUGGACGAUUGUCAAAAUAUUUGCUUUCUCUUGAUAUUGUAUAAGCUCGGAAGCAACGCAUGUUUAGAUUGAGGUAAAAGAGAAAAUGGGAAAAAGUGCACAGUAAAAAACGCUGCCCCUUUAUUAUCUUUAUAGUACAUGUAGUGUGAAAAUGUAUCUGCUGGAACAGUACAGUGACACAAGCAUAAUAUAGAGGGAGCAUUCUAUUAAAAAGUUUAUAUUUCAUACAUGUUAUAAGAUACUCCUAAUAAUAGUAUACUGAGUAUAUAGUGAAUUAUGGUUUUAUGGAAUCAAAAUGUAAUAUGGAAUUUCAAUCAACAAAAGGACCAGUUGAUUUGAAUAAUCUGGAUGAGUCUCGAUAUAGAUAAAAUGAAAGAAAAAUAUAUAAUCUCUAAUCUUGCAAAGGCAAAUUGAUUAUUAAAUAUCAGACAUCUCGAGAAAAGUCA